CACUGUCUUUUCAAUCAAAAACAAAUAACACAAAAUAAAAAAUUUUAAGUCUACAAAGUUAAUAUAGAAUUAUUUAACUUUAUUUUUAAGUAUAUGGACAUAGAAGGAGACGACAGACCAAAAUGGGGUCAAGGCUGCAGUCAGUUUUGUCUUUUGCCGCAGCGUGUUGUUUGCACAAUAAUGGGAUUUUUGUCUUUAAUCUGCAUUUUUACCAAUCGGGUGUCAUUAUCAAUGGUGAUAACUGUGAUAGUUAUACCGAUAAAUCGUACAGCCGUGAAUGAAACAGAUGACAAGGUGGAUGCUUGUCCUCUAGAAGCGCAAGCUGAAGAGGUCGUCAAGAAUGAUGGUAUUUAUAAUUGGGACGAGCAGACACAAUCGAAUAUUUUGGGUGUCUUCUAUGGUGGUUACAUUAUAUCCCAUUUACCUGGUGGCAUUCUAGCUGAUAAAUAUGGAGCUAAAUGGGUACUUGGCAUAUGCACUUUAGGGUCCGGAAUUUGCACAAUUCUCUCACAUGUUGCCAUUGUAGUGGGUGGCAGUUGGUGUCUGAUGGUGAUGCGUGUUUUCAUGGGCUUGGCACAAGGUCCCAUUUACCCAGCCCUCAGUGUUUUGUUAGCCGCAUGGGUACCAAAAAGUGAGCGCGGAACAUUGGGUACUGCGUGCUAUAGCGGCAGCACUUUGGGCCUUAUAGUGGCCACUUCAUGUUCUGGUCUGCUACUUUCCACCUUUCCAUGGCCAGUAACCUUCUAUGUAUUUGGCGGUGCGUCGGUGAUUUGGUUUAUCAUAUUUAUUUUUCUCUGCACUAGCUCACCAAUGACACAUCCCUGCAUUAAGCCUAACGAAAUGAUUUACUUGAUGGAAUCAAUUGGACAGACAACAAAAGAUAAGCCUCCUAUACCCUGGAAACGCAUAUUGCUAAGCACGGCUAUGUUCGGCGUCUUAGUCAGUGAAAUAGGUCACGAUUGGGGCUAUUAUGUAAUGGUCACAUUCCUGCCCAAAUAUAUGUCAGAUGUUUUGCGAUUCUCAAUCAAAUCGAAUGGCUUAUACACCUCUCUCCCCUAUUUAGCCAUGUGGUUGGCUAGCCUGGCAAGUGGACCACUAGCCGAUUGGUUAAUUCGAACGGGCAAAUUAACAAUUACUUCUGAACGCAAAAUACUUACCUUUCUCUCUGCAUUUUUCCCUGGUUUGUUUAUAGUAAUCGCCUCCUAUGCCGGCUGCAAUAAAAUUGCAGUUGUAACCCUUUUUACCAUCUCAAUGCUGUGCAUGGGUCCUUACUAUGCUGGCCAAAAAUUCACUCCUAUGGAUAUGAGUCCGAGCUAUGCCGGCACCAUUAUGGCCAUAACAAAUGGUAGUGGUGCCCUAGCCGGUCUCGCUGCGUCGCCCAUUGUUGGGGCCCUUACGCCCAAUGCCGCACUACGAGAAUGGCGUGUGGUAUUCAUUAUAUGCUUUGUCAUAUUGGUUAUCUCAGCUUUAGUAUUUUGCUGUUUUGGCACAGGCGAAAUGCAGCCAUAUGAUCCCUUAUAUAAGGAUCCAGACGAGAAGGAAGAGGAAAAGAAAAAAUAGAUAUGAAAGAGGUCGCCCUUCAUAUGAUUACAAGCUUUUUAGGUACCAAACAAGUACAAACUUUUACAAAAAAAAACGAACUCAAAAUUUAUUGGAACGAUGGAAAUAUGAAAUAGUGAAAUAUUUUAAGUAAAAUAUUAAUCAAACAUAUUGAUUACAAAAGGGAAUCCUGUGAGAGAGAAACAUCAUCAGAGUAGACAAAAAUCAAUCGACAGAUUGGUUCAUUUUAGGAAAUCCAAUGGGUUUAAAUAGAGUCUUAGUAUUUAUAGACGUCUUAAUUUAUUGAAAAAAUAUAAACAUAAUUUAUAAACGAAA